AUGAACUCCGUCGACAAAGAAGUACGGCUUGACAAGGUCCUAUCAAGCUUUCUGACUGAUGAGGACCUGCAGGAUGUAACAUUGGUAGCAAAUGAUGGCCAAAAAGUGCGGGCAAACCGCUUUGUUUUGUCCGCCAGAUCUCCAGUAUUUCGCCGCAUGUUUCUGGGCAAUUUCUCAGAGGCAACCAAACCAGAGGUAGAUGUUGGCUUUAGUGGCAUUGUCAUGCAGGAGAUUGUGGAAUACAUCCAUACAGAUACAUGUGCUAGUCUCAAUGGGAAGAAACGAAAGGCAUGUGAUGAGAACGAGGCAAAGCAGUGGGAUGUUCAAAAGGAGCUGGCUGAAAAAAUGGUGGCUCUCUCAGCCGCUGCAAUGUACUACAAUUUACCUAGUCUUGUCAAAGAGAUAGAGAAGAGCAUCUCAAAAGUAGUGAAACAAGUCCCCUCAUUGCCAUUGAUGGUCUUGGCAUCUUGCCGCAAAGAAGGACCCUCUGUUCCAUCAACGUUGCUUGAGCUCGCCUGGACAUUUGUUCGGGCCAACAAAGAAGCUCUUAUGGAAGCAAAGGUACAUGCUUGUGUGGAUGCAACUCUGGUGGAGGAGAUUGUGAAAGAUGAAAAGUUGGAAAUGGAUGAAUACACUCUCUUUGUUUUUCUCACUAAAUGGGUUGACAGUAAUCCAAAGGAUCGACAAGCCAUUGCCAAAAACCUGGGAAUCAACCUUCGGCUCGAAAAAAUAAAUCCUGCAUAUCUUUCCACUUCAGUUUCCUCAUCUGGGCUGUUCGCCGCUGAUCAAAUCAAUGAAGCCUACAAAAAGCAAGCUCUGCAUGCUGAACAAAUCCACAAAGUAUCAUUUCAGCAGGAUCGAUUAUGUCUUGUCUGGAAAAAAUCUCUCACUCUAGAGAGUGGUUCCGAUGGGGACGAUGUCAACACAGACAUGCUCAGUUGUCUUCCAAUCAAAGAAGGAAUCUAUGAAUGGACUGUGGAGCUAUUGGCUGAUCACUAUGGUGGGUCAAGUGCUGUUUUUGGCAUUGUAUGCGCUGAAACAUUUGUGGACAAUGGAUCUCUGUUUUAUAGACAAAAGGGUGGGUGGGGAUAUGAUGACAGUGGCAAUGCAUACAAUGAGGGCAAAGCACAUAUAGGAUCAUACCCUAUCCGUGUGGGCGUACAAUUCAAGGUGACGCUCAACCUGAGUCCCAGUGAUCGGCAAAACGGUACCUUGAAAAUUCAGUUUUCAAAUGCAAACGAAGAAGAUAUUUCCUAUGACAUUGUCAACAACCUACACGAUCAUCUGAAUUUGCACCCUCGAGGGUUUCUUCCUGCUGUCUCAACUUGCCAUGGUGGCCUGGUCAAAUUUGUGAAAAUGAAGAAGCUCCUGGAAGUCUAG